CGAAUGGCAGUCGCAUUAGUAACAUCGUUAGUGUCCUUUCGGAGGCUGCGCGCACAUCGCGGUGUGCUGCGUGCGUGAGUGGCACUUGUGGUAGUACCAUCAGUUUCCCUCCUAAAAUCAUAUGACAAUUGUUAAGAAAUCGAAAUACCCGUGGGAAUACAGCAAGACACUCAACCCUUUUCACCAUAAUUCAACCCUUUAUUCUCCGCCAUGCUGAAUGUUAUUGAGGGAGAAAAGUGAGCCAUGGAAGAUACGCCGAAAAAUAAGCGUAAAAACUUUUCGCCAUCGCAGAUGCCCUUGGCCUCCGCCGACAAAUCACCAUCGCCAUUACCAUCGCAAUUCUGCCUCGUCGAAGAUACACCACCUCCACCACCCGAUGUUGCACGCUUCGAAUUCGCAAUGACUACAAUGCAAGAGCUACUAAAUCUAUACGGGCUUUCGAUAUCACCACGUGACAUUGUAGAAGCUCUUACAAAGGAAGCGACCGCCUUGAGACCACCCACUUUUGAGUUGGCGCAACCACCAACUCCUCCCGUGACACCGCAUAGUACGGUACCACCGUCCUCUGCUUCCAAAGAACAACCAGAUGACAGAAAACCAGUUAACCAAUCGUUGACCCUUUUUAGUAAAUAUCUAAAGAAAUUUUCCUCAUACGCUGAAUGUGGCAGCGAGCGGUGUGCAGCGGAAAAUACCCGAGAUCACUACCAUUGCUUCGAUACACACUGCGCAGGCAAAUGUCUAAGUAAGAAAGAGGAAAUAAUCAGACACGUAAAAUGGCAUAAGAAGCGCUCUGAGAGUCUUACAUACGGCUUCUUGCGCUUUAGUGCUACCGAUGAUUGCACCAUCCACUUUGGCACAGCGUGUACACAUAACCGUAAGCAGACUCACUACCACUGUCUGCGAACUAACUGUGACAAGAUAUACAUUAGCACAAGCGAUGUGCAGAUGCACUCAAAUUACCACCGAAAAGACAGUGUCAUCUACCAGGAAGGUUUCCAGCGUUUUCGCGCCACUGAAGAAUGUAACACAGACUAUUGCGCUUUCGCCAGACAACGAACGACACACUUUCAUUGUCGUCGCAGCGGGUGCAGAUACACGUUUAAGAACAAGGCGGAUAUGGAAAAACAUAAGAGUUACCACAUCAAGGAUGAGCAACUCACGCGUGAUGGCUUCAAGAAAUUCCUUAAAACUGAAGCUUGUAGUUUUGCGUCCUGUCGGUUCUCACAGGUUGCCAAUCACAUUCACUGCAUACGUGAAAAUUGCGCAUACGUACUACAUAGUAGUGGCCAACUUAUUAGUCACAAACGGAAGCACGAGCGUAUGGACGGUGAUACACGUCGCAAGGAUGAUGAUGAGGAUGAUAUGAUGCGUGUUUGUUCAGAUAAAAAGUGUCACGACGAACCACUAAACUUAUCUGCGCAUUACCAUUGCGCUUGUGGUGUUACAGUAGACAGUAGCGCCACGGAAGUGGCUCAGCACAUGCGAACACACGAUUCAGGGCCAAAUCUUUUACAGAUCACCUCUAUUGAUGGCUUCUUCAAUCGAAAACGCGGUCGUCCACCGAAAAAUCGCAUUGUGGAAGUUUACAACAGCGUGAGCGUUACGCAAUCACCGCAAGCCAUUUUCACGUCGUUUAAAUUGGAGAAAAAUUUACGACCGAGUGAAGAAGCUGCCGUAUCUACAGCAGAUACACUGUUCGAAUUUCAUGAUCAAACUUCGGAUUGCAGCCACGUGACAUGUCCCAAUCGGCGGCUUUUGCACCACUUUCAUUGUACUCGAUGUGGUUUCUCCUUUCAAUCGCCAGGGCAUGCACAGACACAUAAUUGUGAACGUCGUUUGCGACGUCGUUCUUCUUCAUCCUCUGCUUCGUGUACAUCCACCGUUUCAUCGGCCACAUCGUCACAACAUCCAAAAUUGGCCGAUGAUACGGAUGAGCGAGUGAGCGUGGUGAGAGCAGCCGGGACGUUUUUUCCCGAAAAUUCAAAUAGCAGUGAACCUAGUGAAGCGAAAAUCGAAUCAACGUGCGACUUUCCAUCCUGUAAGUUGAAGAAAAAGGUUCAUCAUCAUUGUAAUUUUUGCAAUCAGGCUUUUUCCGAGGAAUCUCGCCUCACUUUGCAUAGCAUUAAACACCAAGUGAAAAACGAAGAGGCUCCAAUGACGCUGUACCCUCACUCAGCAAUGUACAAAAACUUGUACCCAUUCUUUGAUAUACCGUCAACUUCGGUGCCACCACCAAAACUACCACGACUUGAUGAUGACGUUACACGCAGUUGUCGAAUGUUGAAGGAUGAACCAAUACCACUAGGUUAUCUUAAGUUCCGUUUCAACGAGGACUGCAAAUUUAACAAUUGUGGCUACCGGAAUCAUCAAUCACAUUUUCAUUGUUGCCGUCAUGACUGCUUUUAUAGUUUCUGCGAUAAAACACGAUUCGUACAACACACGGCUAGACACGAGAGACUAGACAAGCUCAUGGGCGAUGAUUUCAAACAAUAUCGGGCAAAUAUGCGAUGUGGUUACGAGAAUUGUGCCUACAGCAAGCCUUCAGGAAGCAACAACAAAUCAUCUCACUUUCAUUGCCUGAAAUGUGAUUUCAUUUGCUCUGACACAAACAAAGUUGUGGCUCAUCGGCGGCAGCACACCAAACUCGAGUACAUAAGGCUUGCUGGUUUCCGAAAGGUGAGCAAUAGUGAGAAGUGUAGUAAAGAGGCGAAUGACGUAUCGUGUAGCUACAGUGGUCGACAAACUCACUAUCACUGUCUCGUGUGCAACUGUAGCGUGCUGUCUCGGGCACAGCUCACAUCUCAUCGCCAUCGUGAAUAAAAAAAAGACGAGGUAUAGCUUGGAAUCGGUUGAGGUUAUAUUUAUUUAGAGUUAUAACUGGCGGUAAGAAAGAAGAUGUGAACAGUUUAAAUUUUCCCUCAAUGUUAUACCGCCCAACAACAUUGUGUGCCAUAGACAGUGCCAGGAACAAUAUAAUUAUAUAUUCUAUCCAAUUAUAAACAUGUACAAAGAUUUUAUCGAAUUUCAAGUGAGAUGAUACUGUCAGGUAGACUUUGUAGCCAAAACUGGGCAUAGACAGAUGUGACAAAUCGAAGAGGAUUUAAAAAAAAUUAUAGGAAUUUAGAAAUUAUCUCUAGAAAUUAUUUGACAACAUGUAAUAGCCAGUACCUGUACCCUAGACAGGUCAAGAAUUUAGCUUAAAAAAAUAUUGAAUGUGAGCUGUAUGUCAAUAACACGUUGUCCCAAUACCAGUUGCAUACUAAUGCAUCGUAAAUUAGGCAAAAAAUCUGUUUUGUGUAAUUGAUUUUUUCGAGUCGGAAUAAAGUUACAAUGUUCUCAGAUAUCUCCUACUCAAAGUUGUAGAAUUUAUUUUACCAAUUUAAAUUUAUGGUUCACCAAACCAAAAUGUUUUCAUUUUGUGUAAGCUUUUAAGAUUCAUAACAUUCAGAGAAAAUUAUUUUAAGUAUAUGUUGGGUACCUUUUACACGCCGAACAGACUCAACAUCGUCUGAGGAGUCGUUUUAAAUCGUGGGCUUUUCCCUAGGGGCUCGUUCAAACAUCUUUUUUGCCUUAACUUUUGAGUUUUCACUCUCCUGGGGAACAGUAAGGCUGGCAGUGUCGAUUUUAAUGCUAAACGUGACGUGAUCGGUCAUAUUUUUCACACAGCAAAGUAUUGCAGGAAUCAAUAAAAAGU